UUACCAUCGCGGCCGGAAACGCCGUCCCGCUCCACGCUGCGGUCCUUUCGUUCAUUUACUCGAGGCAGAGACCGUCCCGAAAGUACAAUCUCAAACUACACCGACGUCACGGCCUUGCGUCCUCGAGCCCCCUCCAACGCUGCAAGCUCCAUUACCUCCAGAUACCCUGACCCAGCUCGCCAACCGGUUCACUCGAAUCGCUCGCGCGCAUCUUUCAAUUCGAGAUCCGGUUAUCCCCCAGAUCCAAUGGAGGUCGACCGCACUCGUACCCGGAGGGAGAGGACCUUCGUCGGCGCCGAAUGUGCUGUCUGUGAGGAACCGCUGGAACAUACUUUGCGGGGUGAGCGUGUCCUCCAGUUGUCGUGUAGCCAUGUGUCCCAUGAAGCAUGCUUUUACGAGUAUAUUCGCGAAUUCGAAUCGCAAUUUUGUCCUACCUGCAAUUCGCCGCUGGCUCUCGAUACAAGCCGAGGUGGAAAUGUUUUAGAUAUUGAGAAAAUUAGUAACAUCGUUCGCUCGGUGACUAUGAGUGAUUCCGCUACGACACGCAGUGGCUUGACGACUCCAACUCCGACUCCGUGGGAACAGCCGGCUAGUCGCCGGCCGCCUAGCGAUAACGGCAGAAGCUACAAUCCCACGCAGUCUACUUAUAGCCGACAGGAUAGUCGACGAGAUAGUCGCGACACUAGCAACCAGCGUGAGCGCGUGGAGCGCUUGACGGUGACUUCUCAGCCCCGCCAACCGCAUUCUCGGAAUGGUAGUGCGGCUGGCUCUUCUGGCGAGUAUAAUGAGGGCCAGCAUACCAGCAGUGGACGACGCCACGAUUACGAUGUUCAGGCCAUGGAAUCCGAUUUGAGUCCCCGGCCGGGCGUGAUAAAGAACCCUAUCCCCGCCCCGAUUGUGACCGUGCGAAGCGAAUUCCCGACAAUGAACCGAUCCCGUCAGCAACAAUCUCUGACGUGCUUGAUCACCGUCGAAGUGCCAGAGGGCAAUUGGCGUCCUGACGCCGAUGACCUCCGCGCGCCAAAUGGCCAGCAGUUGCUUGAUGAGCCGUAUUCUGCGCGUUUUGGUGGUUCGCAAGAUUCGCGGUCUCUCCAAUUCGAGCCGUCGGAGAAUAUGGAUGAGAUUGCCGAGGAAUUGCGAAACCGCGUUGACAACUGGCAUGGACUCGAGUUCAGCCGGUUUGGCAAGCUCCGCCUGCAUGGACAAAUGCGCGUUGGUAAAGACCGAGAAUCGUGGCAGGAGUUGGAAUGCUAUCUGUUCGGGGAGAUGCUUAUUUGCGUCAAAGAGAAGAAGGUUGCCGGUGGUCACCAGUACGAAGAUCAGAUGGGCAAGCAGAAGGCCACGCGAUGCACCCUCAAGGGAUCCAUUCUGAUCAAGAAACACUUGAAGGCCAUUGAGACAUCCUCCGACGAGCCAGUUCUUACGCUGAGCCUGUCGGUUAGCGAGCUUCCCUGCUUCUUCCUCCGCUUCAAGAACCGGAAUCAGCUUGAGAUGUGGCGUCGUUCCUUGAUGGAUUUGCAUCCGGUUGAGAACUUGAAUCGCCAGAGCGACUAUGAUUUGGACAACUCGGGUGCUGAGGAUGAUGAUUACCGGACCAGCCGCAUCCAACGACAGGCCUCAAUUAACUCGUCAUACGGUGCCGGCAAGUCGAAUAACACCGCCAUUACCGAUUACACCAACCCCGAUCUCGAACAUCCUUCGAUCAAGUCAUUUCACAUUCCUAUUGAUAUCGUUGUCGUCAUCCCAGUUUCCUCAUCUAUGCAGGGCCUUAAGAUUACUCUUCUGCGCGAUGCCCUCAAGUUCCUCGUUCAGAACCUCGGUCCCAGAGACCGGAUGGGUCUGGUAACAUUCGGCUCAAGUGGUGGCGGUGUUCCUAUCGUGGGCAUGACUUCCAAGUCAUGGAACGGAUGGAACAAAGUCCUGGACUCCAUUCGCCCUGUCGGCCAGAAGAGUCUCCGCGCUGAUGUUGUGGAGGGUGCCAAUGUUGCCAUGGAUCUCCUGAUGCAGCGCAAGUUCAACAACCCGGUCUCGACCAUUCUUCUGAUCAGCGACUCAUCUACCUCGGAUCCUGAAAGUGUUGAUUUUGUUGUUUCUCGUGCUGAGGCUGCCAAGGUCAGCAUCCAUUCUUUCGGUCUUGGUUUGACUCACAAGCCCGAUACUAUGAUUGAGCUUUCAACUCGCACUAAGGGCUCUUAUCUUUACGUCAAGGAUUGGAUGAUGUUGCGAGAGUGUGUUGCUGGAUGCUUGGGUGCUUUGCAGACUACCUCCCACCAGAAUGUCAAGCUUAAGCUUCGUCUGCCGGAAGGAUCACCGGCUAAGUUUGUUAAGAUCAGCGGUGCUCUUCACACGACAAAGCGUGCUACUGGUCGGGAUGCGGAGGCUGCCCUCGGCGAUCUUCGAUUUGGUGAUAAGCGUGAUGUUUUGGUGCAGCUGGUCAUCCAGUCUGACAAUGCCACUCAGGACCACAUGCCCCAGGAUCCAUGGGAAAGCCUGGUGUCUGGUCUGGAGGCGCUCGGUGGCGGACUUGAUGGCGACGAGCAGCGGGUGAUGAGUGUGGAAGAAGUUCCAUUGAUCCAGGCUGACUUGACCUACGGCGACCUCCUCCGUGAUGGACACUUGACUCAUUCGCCUCGCCCGUCCCUCCUCGCCAUUACCAUGCUCCCUCCCAACCCCAAGUCUCGAGGCCAACGACCAUCCACCCCUCCCAUUCCCCCUCACCCCUCAAUCGUGCAGCGCCGAAUGGAAUUGCUCACAUCCGACAUGCUCACCCGAGCGCUUACUCUCGUCUCGCGCGGCCAACACGACCGUGGCCAGCACUUGCUGAACGAAACUCGCAGUAUCCUCAAGGGUCUUGGCAAGGGCGGCCUGCCACCUCUCCCACCAACCUCCUCAAGGCCCAUGGGAUCCAGCGACUCAGGCAGCCGAGGUGACACGCCAAACUCCAGCUCCCCCAACACGUCCAUCUUCGGGGAAAGCCACGCGUCCUCGCACUCCGACGCAGCCACGAUCACGCCCCAAUCUGCCGUCGACUCUCAAACCAUGAUCGCCCUAAAUGCAGACCUUGACUCUGCCCUCGAGUGGAUCAACCAUCCUGCCGUAUUCGGGCGCGACUCUCGGAAAGCCGUACUCCAGAGCAUCGGGGUGAUCUCCUCGCAGCGCGCCUACACCUACCGCACACCCUCCGAGGCUCACUGGGCGCAACGAAUUUCCGGAGUCCGUCGGCUGACCGAUAGGUCCAAAGAUUGGCGCGAGAUGGGCGACGAUGCAUUGACCGAAGAGUAA